AUGUGGCUUCAAAAAGCAGAUGCAUUGAACAAGACAAGAGGAAAUGGGUUCAUUGCAAUUGCCAUAGACAAUGAGAAGGGGAGCCAAAAUGCUUUGAAGUGGGCAGCUGACAAUCUUAUCACCAAGGGCCAGACCAUUGUCCUGAUCCAUGUCGUUCACGAUGGGGGAAGCCAUUCUAUCAUUUGUGAAAGCAACAACUCACCACGCGCACAAAAGCUCGAGAAGCAAACUAAGGAUCUGUUCCUUAUCUUCCACUGCUACUGUGCUCGUAAAGAUAUACCUUUCCUAGAUGUUGUACUCGAAGAUACAGAUACAGCAAAAGCAUUAACAGAAUUCGUUUCCUAUGCUGCAAUAGAGAGCUUGGUUCUUGGUACAUCACGACAUGGAUUUAUUAGAUUCAAGACAUCAAGCAUCCGAAGUGGUGUAUCAAAAGGGGCACCAGAUUUCUGCACUGUAUAUGCGGUCUCCAAACGGAAGGUGUCUUCAGUACGAAAUGCUUCUCGUCCGGCCCCCUAUGUUUCCCCACUACUUGACCACAUCAAGAGACUAAAUAACAACACUGUGAAAUCUUCUCCCGCUCUCUCCAAACAGUACAACAGUUUGAAUGCCAUGACUGAACACAGGUCACGAGUCACAAGAGGAGGAGGAAGAGCUUCGAAUGCAAAACCCCAUCUGGACAUGUCAGAAUCAGAUACCGACAUAUCAUUUGUAAGCUCCGGGAGGUCAAGCACUGAACGGACGUCUACUUCUCUCUACGAUUUUAGUGAUUCGGAUAAAACCUCUCGGUUUUCAACCAGCACAGAUCAAAGCCUUGGAUCAAUCCGGUCAGGACAUAGGUUCAAUGAUCUCAACCUUUUGGGCGAUCAAACAUCAUUCUCGGAGAGCAGUAGGACAUCGUCUUCAUGGUCGUCACAAAACUUGGAUGAUGUGGAAACUGAGAUGAGGAGGUUGAAGCUGGAGCUGAAGCAAACAAUGGACGUGUACAGCACAGCAUGCAGAGAAGCAGUUACAGCAAAACAAAACGCAAUGGAGCUGAAACAUGGGAAACUUGAAGAGGAGAGAAAGUUAGAAGAGGCAAGACUGUCUGAGGAAGCUGCACUGGCAACAGCAGAGAAAGAGAAAGCCAGAUGCAGGGCAGCCAUGGAAGCAGCUGAAGCAGCAAAGAGGAUUGCUGAGUUGGAGUCACAAAGAAGAGCAAAUGCAGAAAUCAAAGCUCUCAAAGAAGCAGAGAAAAUAAGGAAGGUUUUGGAUAAUCUAGCCCAAAGUGAUAUCAAAUACAGAAUAUACACUAUUGAGGAGAUUGAAAUGGCAACAGAAUUCUUUGCUCAAUCUCGCAAGAUUGGGGAAGGAGGAUAUGGCCCUGUCUAUAGGUGUUACCUUGAUCAUACACCAGUUGCAGUAAAGCUUUUGCGUCCAGAUGCCGCUCAAGGGAGAUCACAGUUUCAGCAAGAGAUUGACAUACUUAGCUGCGUAAGGCAUCCCAAUAUGGUACUCCUUCUUGGAGCCUGUCCUGAGUUUGGCAUCCUAGUCUAUGAAUACAUGGCUAACGGGAGUCUAGAUGACUGCCUUUUCCGUAAAGGAAGCGGUACUGUUCUCUCUUGGCAACUCAGGUUCAGAAUUGCCUCAGAAAUCGCCACUGGGCUACUCUUUCUCCAUCAGACCAAGCCAGAGCCGUUAGUUCACCGUGACCUCAAGCCAGGAAACAUUUUGCUAGACCACAACUUUGUCAGUAAGAUUAGUGAUGUUGGAUUGGCCAGGCUCGUACCUGCAGUAGCUGAAAAUGUAACACAAUGCUGCAUGACAUCAACAGCAGGAACUUUCUUCUAUAUUGAUCCAGAAUAUCAACAAACAGGAAUGCUUGGUGUAAAAUCUGAUGUCUAUUCCCUAGGAAUCGUGCUUUUACAGCUGUUAACAGCCAAGUCCCCAAUGGGCCUGACUCACCAGGUUCAAAACUCUAUUGAGAAUGGCACUUUCACAGAGAUGUUGGACCCAGCUGUGCCUGAUUGGCCAGUUGAAGAAGCCUUACGCUUUGCAAAGUUAGCACUACAAUGUGCAGAGCUCAGACGAAAAGACAGGCCAGAUCUUUGCAAGGAAGUAUUGCCAGAACUUUUCAGAAUGAAAGAACUAGCUGAAGAAAAGAUGAACAACAUCCUCGUAGGUGGCAGUGCUUACCCCUCCCCCAAUCAUAGUGAUGCUCUAGUGCAACUGGAUGUUAUGAGUGAUUCGGAACUUGUGAACUCGGGAAUCUCAAAGAGCAGAUCAAGCACAUCGUCCCUGAAGGAAUAAAAUCAAAUAUUUUUUUGUAACCAUUCUUGGCAGAAAGCAGGAAGAUCAGAACAUAAAGGUUCUUUUAUUUACCUUGAUAACAGGGUAAUGCCAGCAGGUCAAUUAGUCAAAGUUGGUCCACGGCAGUAUGUGAAGUUGUUCGACUAACCACAUAGACCAGAUGAUUCAUUUUUGUUAUCUAUAUUCACAUAUUUGACGAGGUUCAAAAGGUUUCCUCUGAACGUACAAGGUGAAGGUUACAAAGUGAAAUUUUGUUUUCCUGUAAAUAGUGUUCCAUAAUGAAUUGCAAAAAAACGUGGUGUUCAUUAACAUACACAUACCAUUUCCAUAUGUGUUGAGA